GAGCCGAGCCGAGCCGCGCCGAGCGGAGUCGCGCCGAGCGGAGUCGCGCCGAGCCAAAUGGAGUGGCGCCGAGCCCCGCCGAGCUGAGCCGAGCCGCGCCGAGCCGAGCCGAGCCGAGCCGAGCCGAGCCGAGCCGAGCCGAGCCGAGCCGAGCCGAGCAUACGCGAGGGAGCCAAACCAGGCAGUGGAGUUCUUUUCCCGGCCCUCAGGCGAGGAAGGCACCUGGAGGGGCGGCGCGGCGCCCAGAGGGGUGGGAGGACUGUUGUUUCCUGUGCUCUGUCAGUGAGCAAGUACACAAGAAGCUGGAAGGGAGCCCAGCCAGGACAGCUGACCUGAACUGGUCGAAGGGAUCUUCCACACCAUAGAACAUCAUGCCCAGUAUAUAAACUGAGGGAAGUUGUGCAGGAGCUGCAGAUCUGUCGCUGGCCAUUGGGUGGGAAAUGAAGCCUUUCAGAGAGGCUUUCAAGAGGAAGAGCUAAUAAAUUGCUCUGAAGUUGAUACAAGCUUCUCUGGGAAAAAGAGCAGGGCCUGGAAAGCUUCUGAUAGAGAGCAGCUGUUUUCAGAUACUUGUAUUAAAUCUCAGACGUGCUUUCCUGCCAGCUGCUGCACUGCAGAAGAUUAGCAGACAUGUCCAUAGCACUGAAGCAAGUCUUUAAUAAAGAUAAGACUUUCCGCCCAAAACGCAAGUUUGAACCUGGAACCCAGAGGUUUGAACUUCACAAACGAGCACAAGCAUCUCUCAACUCAGGCGUGGACUUGAAAGCAGCUGUGCAGCUGCCCAGUGGAGAAGAUCAGAAUGACUGGGUGGCUGUUCAUGUUGUUGACUUCUUCAAUAGGAUCAACCUCAUUUAUGGAACCAUCUGUGAGUUCUGCACGGAGAGGACGUGCCCGGUGAUGUCUGGAGGCCCCAAGUAUGAGUACCGGUGGCAGGAUGACUUGAAGUACAAGAAGCCCACAGCAUUGCCAGCGCCCCAAUAUAUGAAUCUUCUCAUGGACUGGAUCGAGGUGCAAAUCAACAAUGAGGAUAUAUUUCCUACAAGUGUAGGUGUUCCCUUUCCAAAGAACUUCCUCCAGAUCUGCAAGAAGAUACUCUGUCGGCUUUUUCGGGUGUUCGUUCAUGUCUACAUCCAUCACUUCGACCGUAUCAUCCUUAUGGGGGCUGAGGCCCACGUCAACACCUGCUACAAGCAUUUUUAUUAUUUUGUGACAGAGCUCAACCUCAUAGACCGCAAAGAGCUAGAGCCUUUGAAAGAGAUGACAACCAGGAUGUGUCACUAAAAACUAACCACUGAAGAAAAGCAAAGUCUAAUUUCCUUCCUACUGCAGAGUUCAAGAACAUGACAGCUCUCAUGGACAUUGUUAAUCCCUGAAAGCAGGAAAGUUGGGAGCCACAGUUACUGUCACAACUGCUUCUCUCCAGUGUCAAUGUUGUUACCCCUAAAUAUGCUGCUAGGAACCUCAUCUGAGCAACAUGGAAUACUGAGAAACAGAGGAAUCAUAUCAGUUCUAGCUCCUUUAUCAGGGAUAAGAACCUCUUCAUCCAUAAACAAUAGCAGACAGUGCCCCUGCUGCUAAAGCUUUACUGAAAUUCAGGUCUCUGGGCUGACCUCCAGAGUAGUUGUUUUGAAAUGAAAUCUGCAACCUUGCUUUCUUUUUCUUUUGUUUCUUGGUAUGUGCUUUCUUUCCUAACUGCAACAGACUAUUAACAGGUUCUGGAAUCAAAUAAGACCUAGCCUUUAAUGCCUCCUACCCCACUCCAGGCCACCCAAGGCUUGGCCACCAUUCCCAAAUGGCAGCAAGCCUUGUGUUUCCGGGAGGACAGCCACGUCCUUCAGCUGAACAGGCAGUUUAUGCUUCAUUGUGACUCAUAAUUUAAUGACAAUGGAAGGCUUUCUGAUCUCAACUACAUGAGCAGGGAUCCAAAUAUAGCUCUGCAGUGCUGGAGUAUUUUCCUUGAAUUAAUGCUGUGACUGACAUCAAAUGUUUUCAGUAUCUCUAUAUUACAUAAAAAAUCAGCUACAGUCAUAAUUUUCCUGAACUAUACCGAAGUACACCAAUCUGUCUUGUAAUUUCAUUUCCUUCUAUCCCCCUGGAAAAAGGAUUGCUCUCAGUCAUCCUAAAAUUUCAUCUUUUCUGAGAAAAUAAAUUUAAUUUGAAUUUCAGGAAGAUACAAUAAAGAUGAGUAGUAAAAAAGAUUAGAUCAGGAGGGACUAAUUGAAGGUCUCUGUUGCAGCUUAACAGUGCCCAGCAAUGUGACUUGCUUUUUACACUGGGCUAACACAAUAUUUUUUUCUAUAACUUAAUCCAAGUUAAUUAACAGGUGUAUGAACAAUCUGGAAGGAUCCAUUACAGAAAAUCAAGUCUUCUACACCAAAUAUACCCUGAGGAGGCUUUCUUCUGAAAAAAAGAAAAUUUAAAAAUGAAAGUGGUACUUAACAGAGGUAUCACAAGAGAAAUACUUCUGAAUGAAUGGGAAUCAAGUGGAGCACAUCUAUAUAUUCUGUGCCUUGUAAUGAGUUUUGCACAUUUGUGUUAUUGUGAAAAGUUACUUUUUCCUGAAUAUGUGCUUAACCUUGUUGCUGCCUUCUCCUCAAAUAAGUUUAGGUAUGUUUACAUCUUCUGAGACAGAAGAAAAUCUCAUGGAGUUCCAGUGAUUGGAACAUUUGAAAUAGAGGGGUAGCAGACACUAAAGAAUAACAGCAAGUAUUUUCUAGCUCAAUGUUGUAGCACAUUUUGAUUUACUUGCCUGCUUGCUUAAAUCAUGUCUUGUAAAAUGUCACUGAUUACAUUCUUGCUGGAAAAAAGUGCUUUUGUCUGUGAACAUUGGGUGUGUACCUAUGAUGGGGGCUUUUCUGCAUCUCUACACAAGCAGCAUUAUGAUUUGUUUUCAAGGGGACAGACCUAAGUGUUCCUACCUCCUUUGGUAGUCCUUGCAAUCAGGUUAAUUCUUUGGGGAUUUGAACACAGAUGAUUUCUGUUCUGCUGGCACUUCUGCAGGAUAUAACUAACUUCUGGAAUUCAUUGCCACAGAUGCACCUGAGCUUGUCUCAUUUUAAAGAUGAAAAAUAUAAAUUCUUUGGCAUGGUUCACAUAACUGGCGACCUGGAAUUACAAUUCCAACCGCUUAUAAAGGGUUUCUUGAAUUCCUCCAAAGUGCCUGGGCUGUGGCACUGUUUGAGAUGGAGUUGGUGCAGUGCACUUGAAUUCUACUGCCACCGUGGACAGUUGCCAUGUGGUGUUCUCAGUAUGGACAGCACUGUAUUUGAAAGAUUAACAUAAAGAUGCAAAGGUGUGGAAUUUUGUGCAUAAAGAUCAAAGUCACUACACAAAUAGAAAAACAUGGGGUUUUAUGCAUAAUUUAGUCUUCAUUUUAUUACAAUACUUACCACACACUGUUUUGAGACUAUUCACUGCAGCUCAGUCUGAAGAUUAGGCAAAAUUUUUUGUUACCUUCUUGUGAAUGCAAAACUUACCAGUUAGAGUGAUUCCCUUUUCUUUUAAACUGUUUUUUUCCUCAGAAACCCAUAUGUUUCAUUUUCUAGUAUGGCAUACUGUAUAGGGCAAAAGAGUGAAAUGCACAGUUGAACCCUAGAGGAUUUGUGUAUGAGCUUGCCAAAAUCCUUGUAAUGGUAAAAGCCUGCUAUUACACAGGAGAUGAACUAGCUGCAAAGGAGAGAAAAGGGUACUUGUUCUGGUUGCUCAUUCUGCUAGGAAGAACAUGGAGUUUCUUUCCUCCACAUGACAAGGUAUGGCCUUCUGCUGAGUAUCUCCCAACAGGUACUCUUGCUUCUGCAGCACAGCUAUUCAGUCACCACCUGGCCAUUACACACUACAGGCCAUUUCUCCUCUUCCACUCCGUGAUAGCUGGUAAGCAAAUAUGAAUGUUUGGAAUGUGGCAUCACUGUGUAAAAGUAUCAUUUUACCCCUUCCCAUAGAGAGAGAAAGGCAGAUUCCUCUUGAAUCUUGUGAUCAAGGAUUCCAGCUUAAUCAGUAAUUUGCUCAGAGCCACAAAUAGACAGAAUCCUGUUUUGCUUGUUAAUGUUUUUUGUACUUGAUCUUAUUAUUAUGUAUGUUUCUAAUAAUGCCCACAUUCCAUAUUGUUCUGGGAUCGGAAAAGGUGGGGGGAGGAGAGGGAGAAAAGAGGCUAUUGUUUGGAUUUUUUUUUGUUUUGUUGUGGUUUUUUUAAUCACUUUUCUAGUUUUUCAGUCAGGUUUUGUUUUUUUUUUUACCUAACUUUUUUUCACUGAUAUUUAUCUUUAAAGAUGCUGUUGUGUUAAGCUUCAAGGCACUUUUUAGUGCCUUUAUAGAGGAAUCAUUUCAACUGACUGAAACUCAGCAUUACUCUGAAGUAAUGAAAGGCUGUGAAAGGUUCCUUUGACACCAAACUUGACUUUAGCGGUUAAAGACUUAAAAGCUUUCAUUGAUUGUCUGUGUAAUAAGAGAUUUUGUAAUGAACUUCUGUUUUAUGUGAACAUAGAUUAGUGACAAUUGUAAUAUGAAACAAAUCUGAACAUAAUUUCCCUUAGGCUUUAUGAACAAUGGAGUCCCAAGGUCUUUUGAAGGGUGUGGAUUUUUCACUAAUCCCCAACAGCAAAACAACAGCAAAAUUGAUGAUUUCUACCAGAUUUGAGAGAAGCUGAAGACUUACAAAACUCACUAGUUUUCUCCAAGAGCUCAGGCCCUAAAGCAGCAAAACUAACAUCAGGCAAGUUAUUUGAUUCUCCUGAUGAAUGUAUUCAUUAAGAACAAGGCAGGGAAAGAGGAGGAAAACAGAUAACAUGUAACUUUAUGGAGACCUACAGACAACAACUCAAGAUAUGCAGAAACUUAAUAGGUGAACAUUGUUCUUGGUAAUCACAAAUUCCUUAUCUGUGAAGAGGAUACAGAGAAUGAUACUCUUCAUAGUUGGGAAGCCGCUCUUGUCAGGUCUCUAUUAAAACAGACUAAAAGGAUCUUUGAGCACCUUGGGUUAGAUAAAUUACACAUUUUGGAGCCCUCUCACAAAAAGCUAAUGCUUCCUGUCACUUUUCAGCUUCUCUGCAUGUUGUUGAGGCUUCUCAUUUUCUGGGUGGGAGCCCUUGGAGCCAGCCUUUCAGUAUGCCUUUUGCUUCCCCAAGGACAGUGCUGUUACAAAAAGUAGCUGUCUCGCUUCCCUCUGCAGAAGGGCUACCUCUGACCUACGCCCUCUGAAGAGAGAACAUCAAGGGCUGCCUGUUUAUCAUCUCUUCAGAAGAACAAAAGCAAGAGAGCAGGAGGUGCCUGGAAGACAGCAAAACAGGAGUCACUGCAUGUAAAAUAAAAAUAUGAUUUCUAUAGUAAAGCAUACUCGAUGGGCUUUAGAAAGGGGAUAAUACUGGGGCACCCAGUAUAGACAAGUGGUCAGUAUUUAGACAUUUUUUCCUAUAUAUUGGAAGAAAUUUUUAAUAAAAGACAUUUUUAAUAAUUAUGGAAACUGUUCCAAAGGUCAAGGAAGCCAAAUCAACACUAAGAACAUGGUGAUGGUGCACAUUUAAAUAAAAAGUUAUCAAAGUUGAUUUUUUUAAUGUGUUUUAUGCUAAAUAGGCAGUGAUUUCCAAGGUUUAGCUGAAUAUAUUAGAACUUUUAAAAGCAGUUUCUGUUCUAUGUUUUAAUAAGUUUAAAGACAGAUGUAAUUAAUAUAAUUAAAAGUUAUAAUAAUUUUAUCCUAGGCAAAUAUAUAUAUAUUACUUUUCCAGUCUAAUACAUGUGUGUCUGUAUGUGCAUGUGUGCAUAUAUAUACAUUUGUAUAUCUGUGUGUAUGUGUGUUUGGGGAUAUGGAUGUGGAAUCAUCAGCACAUGCACGUGUACACUCCCUGCUCUUUCUCAUAAAAUACUUUUUUUAAAAAUUUUGGUAAUUUUUAAGGGGAAUGCAUCUUUCAGAGAAAUAAGUGGUUGAUUCCUCUUCUUCCUCCAUGCAUCAGCUCUGUUUGGUGUGUUAAUUUUUUUAAUGAUUUGUCAUGUUUGUCUCUUUCUUAGUUCUGUUUGUUAUUAAAUAAUUGUUCAAGUGUAAGGGAAGAAAGACUGACAUUAACUGUUGUAGUCAUUAAAAGAAAAGAAAAGUUUACUUUCCAAACCAGGCAUAAUGGAUGAAGCAAUGAAAUACAAAUAUAAAUAAAAUUAACAUAACAAUGCAGAAAUGUUGUGAAAAUGUUAUUUGGUAU